GGCUCGACAUGGGCCAGAGUAGCUAGUCCCAAAGAACGUAAGAAGCGAUCGCCUACUCUUAAAGACUUGGAUUUUAUAAGUCUGCAUUCAACCGGUAUUCUACUUUCCGAAGAAACUUAUAACGCUUUCGCACGCACACUCAGGCGCGAUGUGCGAGUGCUGACCUCGUUUGGCAUUAUGGACUAUUCGCUGUUGGUGGGUGUGCAUUUUCUCAGCGACAACAGUGCACGGGCGUUGCACCAGUCAACAGAUAUGUCGGACGCCCAACCCAAGCUUCGCGCACGCACCCCUACCAUACCCGAAGCAGAGGCGGAAGAUAUCGACGAAGAUCAUACAGACGGAUCUACACACACACACACACACACACAUAUAGACACAUCACACGAUACAUCAUCACAUACCACGGAGCAUGAACACAGGAGAAUUGUCACCAAUCAAGACUCAGAAAAAGGUAGAGGUGGGGCCAAGGUGGGUGCAGAUGGAGAUGCUGGGCACACAGAAAUGUCGCAUGACGAGCAUAUUGGUCCCACGUCGACCACCGGAAAUGCAGCGGCCGCACUUCCCCACCAACAGUCGACUGUGCGAGCGCAUAAGUACAAGUUCAGCUCCAUGGCAGAGACACUAUCCAUGCACCAGGCCAAUGAAGGGGAUCUGGGCGAGGGCCUCCUGGGCUUCACAUCGACGGGAAAGCCUUUACUUCUCUUCAUUGGGGUUAUCGAUGUUCUUCAAAACUACGCGAUAGCAAAGAAGUUAGAGCACACCUUCAAGGCCGUCAUGUAUAACUCGAAAACCGUGUCAGUGUGCAACCCAGAUUACUACGAAUGCCGAUACCUACAGUUCUGCCUCGACUUUGCGUUCCGGCCGAUGACUGUGGAGCAACUACGUGGCAUGGCAAGGUAG